UGAAGUUACUGCGACUCAUCUGCAAACUUGCGCCUGGCAAACAACAGCUCAGAACUAUUUACUUCAUUUAUCUGCUUCAACUGCGGCAGCUCUUCCUCACUUGCACGAUAGAACAGAAUCUGAAGGCUGUGUGGUCUGUAAUCAGGAGGCGCAUCACAUCGAUGCGCUGAUUUCUACACAGCUCCGUAUUCUCGAAUUUUAUACCACCACUUAUUUCAUCCUGUCGCCAUCACUCCAGAUAUGAGCGAUCUUCAGAAAAACUUUGCAAAAUCUCGAUUGACUAGAUUACCUCCGGAGGUACUGGUAUUUGAUGGACUAGGUGAGGAUAGAGAGAAUGAUCAUGAUGGUAGUACCACCUCCAUACAUCACGAACGUCAAGAUGAUGAUUCGUCCUCAGCUUCAUCCGUAUCCUCCACGGGAACAGUGAUACCAUCCGCAAGCCAAAACUUAUUUGCACGUCCACCCAGGUCGGCAUCCGCAAGAUCAGAAGCUACUCCAUUACCAUGGAUAGACUUCUUUGACCAGGAGCUUUUCCUAGAAGAGGAUAUCGAGGGUUUACACAUCUCCCACCAUGCGUACAUCAGUGCCCCUUCAGAGUCCGGCCCUUUGUUCGUCACCCACCACGGUGCUGGAUCGUCCGGCCUUUCAUUUGCUGCCUGUGCAGCGGAAAUUAAGAAGAUCCUCCCUACUGCUGGCGUAUUAUCUCUAGAUGCGCGAAACCAUGGAAGUACCUCCGUCAGAAGAAAGAGUCAAGGUGCGGAAGACAAUUCACAGGUAGAGAUAGAUCUAAGCCUCGAGACGUUAUCUCGUGAUUUACUCUUCGUGAUCGACCAAACCCGAAUAAAGAUGAACUGGGAAUCGCUCCCGGACGUCGUUUUCGUUGGCCACAGCUUGGGCGGAGCUGUGGUCACCGAAGCUGCGAAGAAAGGUGAACUUGGAUCGAAGCUCCUGGCUUAUGCCGUUUUAGACGUCGUUGAAGGUUCCGCGAUGGAUGGGCUUCAAAGUAUGGAAACAUACCUUUCUACCCGGCCGUCUAGCUUUCCCUCCUUGGCUUCCGGGAUUAGUUGGUACACCCGAUCACGAACUAUCCGCAAUACCUUGUCUGCACGAGUGUCUGUACCAUCCCUCCUCCGUGAAGAUCCUUCCGAUACGUCUAGACCGUGGAAGUGGCGCACAGACCUAGCCGCUACGAAACCAUUUUGGGAGAAUUGGUUCAUAGGCCUUAGCAAGAAGUUUCUCCAAGCCCGCGGGGGCAAACUGCUGCUGCUUGCUGGAACGGACCGUCUUGACAAAGAGCUUAUGAUCGGGCAAAUGCAGGGCAAAUAUCAACUCCAAGUGUUCCCCGAAUCAGGCCACUUUAUCCAGGAAGACCAGCCCGCAAAGACAGCACAGAUCCUCGUCGACUUCUAUAAGCGAAAUGACAGAAGCGCUCUCGUCCUUCCGCCCAAAGUCGGUGAUGUGUUGGCGGCACAGGCUAUGGCGAAAGGAGUUGGGGCCGGCGGGCAUGGGGGCAUGGGGGCGGAUUCCCACCAAGCAACUGGACAAAGUCAGACCCCUGAUUAACUGUACCUAAUUCAGGGAGUUGUUUUGCGGGCGAAAGCAUGAAUGCAUUUUUAACUCCUUUUAGUGAAGCGCAUUUCUGCAUGAAUAUUGACAUAGGCGGCAUCGUAUUACCGAAAGCUGCCUGUGGCCUCUGCUUCAUACCAGAAAAUUUGAAAGAACUAUGGACGCGCCAACAUCCGCGCGCGGAAGGGAUGACGGCAGGAAGGACCCUCAUUCUAUUGUCAGUUUACUUUGUGAGCGACUCGCGCGACUAUAUUAUAGAACCAAUUGUUGUCGCGUUGAGAUAAAAUAAAGAUACGUUGCUAAAAACUUCCAUGGGGCGGAGGCUAGGAAAAGAAGGGAAAAAAUCAUUUUGAAAGGAAGCGACCAUACCCACGGGAAUGAAAAGCCUAAAGAAAUCUCAUAAAAACAAAAUUACCGCCCCCCCCCCUUCUUCGCCCUUCCCAUAAAUAGUAAAGUGCCCAAGGUUUGAUCUCUGCCUUUACGCCAAAGAUGGAGAAAACAUGUAUAAACAAGGUAGCUGAUCAUUUUUGCGGGAAAAUUCCAAAUUAAAAUGUAAAAGUCAAGAGGAG